CCUCCCCAAAUAAGGGCACACGAGACGAUUUCUCCUUCCAUUGACUAAAGAAAACGACAAAACUUUUCAAAACGGUCUUCCACCGUCACUUCACCAAACCUUUCUCUCUCGAUCUCUUUCUCUUCCAAUGUCUAACACGGGACUAAUGAUCUUCGACGGUGAAGUCCUCAGAUCCAUCGAUAUCAGCUUACCGGAACUCCAACACAACAUCACCGGAGCUCAGCUUCUCGAAAUCUCCGAAUCCAAGGUUUCUAAAUCCCUCUCAGGACUCACUCUACCACCAAAUCUUAAAAACGCAGCGGUCUCCCAAGUCUCAGAUGGAGAUGACGUCACUUUCCGUCGUACGGAGUUUAAUCAACAACAAGCAUCUGAGAAACUCGGAGUUUUCAUCUCCGCCGUUGCUGAUACUCUUAGAGAUGCUCCAGUUGUGGUAUCAGUUCUUGAUGGGAGUAUGUUGAAGAUGUUUUUGGAAGAUGAAGAUGAUUUUGCAAUGUUGGCUGAGAAUUUGUUCACUGAUUUGGAUGAAGAAGAUAAAGGAAAGCUUUGUAAAAGAGAGAUACGUAAUGCUCUUGUACAUAUGGGUGUUGAUAUGGGUGUUCCUCCUCUCUCAGAAUUUCCCAUCUUAGAUGAUAUCAUUAAGAAGCAUGAUGCUGAUGGUGAUGAAGAACUUGGACAAGCACAAUUUGCGCAACUAUUACAGCCGGUUUUACAAGAAAUAGCUGAUGUCCUACAUGAGAAACCGGUAACCAUUGUCCAGAACGUUGAGAUUUUCACUGGAUCAAGGCUGCGUAAGAUUCUUGCUGACGAGAAGACACUCAAGUGUCUCGUAACGAAAACAAUUCUAGAACUGUCGAACGAGAAAGACAGCCAAGGACGGGCAGAUCCUAUAAAGACUUUGAUAUUAUCAAACGGAAAAGAGUUGGGAUUGCCUCCUUUAUCUUCAGAGAACGAGCCAGUGGCUCUUCUGUAUGAGACAAUAUUUUCUCAAUUGAAUAACAGAGACAAACAAACCGCAGCUGAUGCUUCAACAGAAGAUGGUUUGAUGGAUUCUCUAAAGGAUAUACUAAGAAAAUUUGAGGAUUUACUCGAAACCGCACCGGUAUAUUCAGCUACCAAUAUCUAGAGAAAGCCAUUAUAUUCUCUGUAAAUUGGCCAUUAUUUAAGGCAUAUUAAUGUAUAUUUACGAAUUUCAAUCACACGUUAUCUUAUACUUAUAAUGAAACAGAGGGAGUAUAUAUUAUGUGUAUGUUAUCAAUAUAGCUAUUUGCAUUUGAAUGAA